AAGACGCUCUGACAUCUGUUUUAACGGACUCAAACGACUCUGAGCGUCUUCAGCGUCCAUUUAAAGCCAGAAAACUGCUUUUGACCUGCAGCUCCAGCAGAGACAGAAGCUCCGAACGCCGCCGCCGAAGCCGGGAGCAGAACAUGGGAUCCGGACGCUUGGCCUCCGCGUUGCUCGCCGUCGUCCUGCUUCAUCACUCCUCCGGCUUCUGGAUCAUCAACGUGGUGUUUCCUCCCAAGACCAAGACCGGAGCGCUGAGCAACAGCACGUCGCCGCUCAUCAUCGUUCCGGGGAACUUGGGGAACCGACUGGAAGCCAAGAUAGACAAGCCGACGCUGGUCCACUGGUUGUGCUACAAGAAGACGGAGAACUGGUUCCCCCUGUGGAUCGACAUCAACAUGUUCAUGCCCAUAGGUUUGGACUGCUGGAUCGACAACAUGAGGCUUGUUUACAACAGGACGACUCGGCGUUCUACCAACUCUCCGGGGGUGGAGGUCCGAGUGCCAGGAUUUGGCCAAACUUAUCCCAUCGAGUUUCUGGACAACAGCCAACUAGCUGGUUAUUUUCACACGAUGGUGCAGCAUUUGGUGAACGCCGGCUACGUCCGAAACGAGACGGUCCGUGGAGCGCCGUACGAUUGGAGAUUAGCACCGAAUGAGAAUGCAGAAUACCUCUCAAAGCUGCAGGACCUGGUUGAGGAGAUGUACAACCAGUACCAGAAACCAGUUUACCUGCUGGGACACAGCAUGGGCUGCCACUACGUCCUCUACUUUCUUAACCACCAGCCUCAGGAAUGGAAGGACAAGUACAUCAGGGGCUUCAUUUCCCUCGGAGCACCAUGGGGGGGCGCUAUAAAAACACUUAGAGUCAUGGCUUCAGGUGAAAACGACGGCAUCCCGAUGAUUUCUAACAUCAAGAUCCGCGAGGAGCAGAGGAUGGUGACGACAAAUCCCUGGAUGCUGCCGUUCAAGGACGUCUGGCCGAAGGACCAUGUGUUCAUCUCCACGCCGAACUUCAACUACACCAACCUCGACUACGAGCGCUUCUUCAAAGACAUCAGCUUCGAGGACGGCUGGCACAUGUGGGAGGACACAAAGAACCUCACCGCUGCUCUCCACCCACCCGACGUGGAGGUGUGGUGUAUGUACGGCGUGGGGCUCCCAACUGUGGUGACGUAUGUUUACGACGACGAGUUUCCCAACGGAGACCCGGUGGACUUUGUUUACGACGAUGGGGAUGACACAGUGGACAGCAAGAGCAUGAGUCUUUGCAAGCGCUGGGUGGGGCAGCAGAAGAAGCCCGUCCACGUAACGGAGUACCGAGGACUGUCUCACCUGGACAUGGUGUUCCACGAGGAGGUGCUCAACCAAAUCCAGCAAAUUCUGCAGGGCAAAUCAGACACGCCCAAAGAGAUUGACGUGAGGCUUUCAGCUAAAGAGCAAAUGAUGGUUUAAAAGCACAAGGGGUGUGGGAUUUUUGUACAGCUGACUUUUUAGCAAUGUCAAGCAUAAAAACGUAGAUUAGCACCUCCUCUUAGCUGAACAGCUCCAAACUAAUCUGGAUUUAAGGAGAAUCUAACCUCAACCCCCUUAUCUAAAGUAAAGCCUGAUGACUUGACAGUGUGGGUUUGACCCUGAUCUGUUUAUUUCUAUUUCACGGCUGUGGAUUUUUUGUAUCUGGUGAUGGUGAUUAUAAUAAUAAUGAUUAAAAAUAAUAAGAAUAAUAAUUGCAAACAUAAAAAUAUAUCUAUUUUUUGAUGGGUCCGUUAUGUUGUAGUCUGUGCUGUUUAUCUCAUUGUCCUGUUACAUCAUGUUUUUGGUUUGUUUAUCUGUGAUGGAUCAUGAAUAACUAAUCACAUCAUCAUUAUAGAUAUGGGCUGUUUUAUUGUGUAUGAUAUUACUGUAACAUUUCAUUUAGGAUUUAUCUAUUUUUAGAGAUUUUCACAAACAUUUUGGAUCAUUUAUAAUGAGAUCACGUUUUCCUCAGGCACAUAGCCUGCAUGUGAAACCAAAAUUGUAAAAUGAUAAAAAUGUUUUUACAGCACUGUUGUAUAAACGUGUGAAAUGUG